AUGACUGGUCUUCUUGCGGACCCGACGCCACCAGCCAAGGGGACGAGUCAGGCCUCGUCCUCCUCCUCCUACGACCCAACGCUUUGGGAGGAGAUGGAGUGGUUGCUGGAACCGACCCAGUUGAUAACGAAACACGGCUUUGAUAUUGGCGAUGUAGUCGUUUUCCUCGGCGGCGUUUUGAUUUCGAAAGUCGGCGCCUACGCCUGCGCGGUGCGGUUUUGCUGUUACUGGCAGCCCUGUCGACGGUUUCUCACCGGGACACAACCCGGGCGGGCCUUCGUGGACCGGCUGCAGCGCAGGCACCCGUACUUCAUCGACUGGUUUCACGCCAAGUCGCAACAAUGGGCCGAGCGCGCCAUGCUCAAAAAGCAGAAGCGAAGGGAGCGAUUUUCAACCGUGAUGCGGCCGUUCGGUGCAAGAACGAGUGCAGCAAGCACAACAAACAAGGCCCUUGAUGUUGGCUCCAUGAGUUGUACAGUGGCGUCGUCGAGUUCUUCAUCUGCAAGUGCUGUUUCCAGUGGUGAGACGAUGCCGAUGACUGGAGGACGUCUCGCGGCGGUGAUGCCAACUGCGCCUGAAGCUCUCCAUGCUGGUUUUCGGCAGGCAGCGACUAGCCAUGGUACGACUAAUAGCGGUACCGAGGGAGAGAAUAAAGCCGAUGAAAAUGCAGCCGACUCGCAGUCGCAGAAGCAAGGGCAUGUCGGCGUUGGCAUGAUCGAAGCGGUGGCUAUUUUCAAGUGCCUGUGGCCCUUCUGGUUCCCGGCGCACAUGCUGCUUACGUUCCGGCUUUAUUGCUACCUCAACCAAGACAGGCUGGAGAAACAGCAACGGGAAUGGGAGCGGAUAGAUAAAAUGAAAAAGGACGAAAAGCAAAAGAAAAAGGAACAAGAAAACGACAGCGAUGAGAAGUUGACUAGCACAAUAGAACAAGACAGCGCGGAAAUUUUUACGGAUGAGAUCGAGAGCAAGGCGCAAGUCUAA